AUGUAUCAUAAAAUACCUAUUGCUUUGUUUAGAGUAAGCAAGGUUGGGAUAAAAAAAUAUGCAAACAAUAAAGUCUAAACAAGUAAAUACAAUUGGUUUAAUUUUUUUCCAAAAAACAUUUUAGAGCAAUUUACCAAACAAGCAAACUUAUAUUUUUUAGUAAAGUAUUUUAUUAUUUCAAGAUUUUGGCUAUUUUAUAAGCAAUACCAAUCAUUUCAAUAUCAGAUGGUUAACCUACAAUAUUAUUGCCAUUAAUUUUCAUAUUAAUUGUUACAAUGAUGAAAGAUUUAUAUGAAGACACAAAAAGAAAAAAAAGUGAUAAAUAAGAAAAUGAGAACGCUAGCCUUUUAGAAUCAGGUCAAACUUUAUUAUGGCAAGAUAUACGAGUAGGAGAAGUUUUAAAAGUAAAUAUCAACUAUAAGAAGAUAAGAGAAAAUGAAUAGUUUCCAUGUGAUGUUUUGCUUCUAAAGAGCGAUCAAAAAACAGGUGAAUGUUAUAUUGAAACGAAAAAUUUAGAUGGAGAAACAAAUCUGAAAUAAAAAAGAGUUCCACAAUACUUUUUAUAAAAGGGAGUUGAAAUGCUUGAUCAUCUAAUAGUAGAAUACGAUACGCCUAACAAUUAAUUGUAUAAAUUUUCAGGCACCUGCUAUUUUAACUUGGAUAAAAAUCAAGAAAAUGACAUUUUUUAACUCUUAAAUCAAAAGGAGUAGCUUUAGGAUAAAAUAUAAACUCUGUAAUCUUCUAAGAAUAAAGAUGAGUAAAUAAGUCUAUUAAUCUCUUAAGUAAGGACUUUAGAUGAAGAAAUAGAACGAAUUAAGACUUUAAAAAUUGCUUUAGACAACAACAAUAUCAUUCUAAGAGGAAGUGUUUUAAAAAAUACUGGUCAUGUUAUUGGUUUGGCAUUGUAUACAGGACAUGAUACUAAAAUAAUGAAAAACACUAUCAAAGUUAAAUAUAAAUAAAGUUCACUUGAAAAAUAACUAGGGAAAAGAAUUAUAUUUAUUUUUCUUCUUUAAUUAGGAAUUUGUUUGUUUUCUUCUCUAUAUUAUUCAAUAUGGUUUAAUGCAAACUAUGAUUCGUUAGCUUAUUUAGAAAUUAAGAAAUCUGCUUAUGCUGACAAAUCUUUUAUGUACAAUUUUUUUGUCAGAUUAGGAAAUUGGAUAUUAAUGUUUGGGUAUUGUUAUUUUUUUAUUUAGAAAUCUUGUUCCAAUUUCUCUAUUAGUGACUUUAGAAACUGUCAAAUUUUGUCAAGCAUUUUUAAUUUAAUUUGAUGAUAAAAUGAAAUUAAAUGAUUAAAGAUGCUCAGUUUAAUCUUCAAAUUUAAAUGAAGAAUUAGGACAGAUUUAGUAUAUUCUUAGUGACAAAACUGGAACUCUGACUAAAAAUUAGAUGAUAUUCAAAAAGAUAUGUAUAAAUGGAAUUUCUUAUGGUGAUGAUAAUGAAAAGAAUUAACCCUUUGAUUUUGUUUAGUUUGAAGAUUAAGCUUUUAUUGAUAAAUUAAAUUAAAAUGAUCCUGUAAUAGAAAAAACAUUGUUUUUACUAACAUUGUGCCAUUCUGCAAUAAUUUAGAAAACUCAAAAUGAAUUUUAUUAUAAUGUUACUUCUCCUGAUGAAUUGGCUUUAUUAAACUUUGCUAAAAAAUAUUCAAUCAUAUAUAAUGGAAUUGAUGAGCACAAUGUUAUAACAAUAAAUUUUCGAGAAAAGUCAAAAUAGUUUUAAUUCUUAUAUUUAUUUGAAUUUACUAGCUAAAGAAAAUGUAGUUCAGUACUUGUAUGCGAUAAAGAAACAAAUAUAAUUUAUUUAUUUUCAAAAGGAGCAGAUUCAGUAAUGUUAUAGAAACAACUACACCAAAAUGUUGAAAAAUCUAAAAAUUAAUUCGAAAGAUAUAUAUCUGAAUAUUCUGAAAAAGGAUUAAGGAUUCUACUUUUAGGUUAUAAAGAGAUACAUUGGAGUGAAUAUGUUCAAUGGGAAUCUUUAUAUAAAUAAACAAUUACUCAAAUGGAAAAUAGACAAGAAAAAAUGGAAGCAUUACAAGAUUAGUUAGAAAAAGAUCUUACAAUCUUAGGGUUAACUGGGAUUGAAGACAAAUUGUAAGAUAAUGUUGACGAAACAAUUUAUUGUUUGAGGUAAGCUGGAAUUAAUAUUUGGGUAUUAACAGGAGAUAAAAUUGAGACUGCUAUCAAUAUAGCAAUAUCUUGUAAAUUACUUGAUUAAAAGAUGAAUAUUUCAAUCAUAUAGUAACCAAUAUAUGAAGAUAUAAUUGCAAAUUUAAAAUAAAGUGAUGCAUUUGUGGUCUCAGGUGAAUGUUUAUCAAUUAUUUUGGAGGAUGCAGUUUUAGAGAAUUUAUUUGCAAAAAUUACAGAAAAAUGUUAAUCUGUUUUAUGUUGCAGAGUUAGCCCAUUGUAAAAACAAUAAGUAUAUAAUAAAUUUAUGGAAGGUAGUAUGUUUUGUUAGAAAACAUUUUUCUAUGGCAUCAACUUUAGCAAUUGGAGAUGGAGCAAAUGAUGUUAGUAUGAUUACAAGUGCAAAUGUAGGAGUUGGUAUAUAUGGUAUUGAGGGAUAAUAAGCAGCAAGAGCAUCAGAUUAUGCAAUUGGAGAAUUUCAAUAAUUAAGAUAAUUGCUAUUUGUCCAUGGAAGAGAAUCAUAUAGAAAAAAUUCAGAGUUAGUUUUGUACAACUUUUAUAAAAACGUUAUUUUGGUUUUUCCAUAAUUUUGGUUUUCCAUUUACAAUAAUUUUAGUGGUUAAAGAAUUUAUGAUAACUUAAUAUAUUAAGCUUACAAUAUCUUUUAUACUUCAAUGCCAAUAUUAAUUUUUGCAAUUUUCGAUUCAGAAUAUUCAGAAUAAAUGCUUUAUUCAAAUAAAUAUUCAACAUAUUCUAUUGGAUAAAAAAGUAAAUUAAAUUUAUGAUUUAUUUAGAUAGUUGCUUUAAUACUAAAUUAUUUUUAUUAAUGUUGAUUAAUUCAAUUUAUUCAUCAACAAUUAUUGCUUUUUUUAGCAUAUAUAUUUUUGAAGCAAAUACUCAUUAAGCAGGUCGACAAAUAUCAUUUUGGUAUACUGGUACAGUAAUCUUUUGGUUGGCAAUUUUAAUAUCUAAUUUAAGAAUAGUAAUCAUUUCAAAUACAUGGACAAUUGCACAUUUAUUUUUUUUGUUAGGGAUGAUUGUUAUGUUCAUAUUCACUCUUUUAAUUUUUGAAGAUUUUAAUUCUUUUGAUGGAGUGUAUAAAAUCUUUUCAUAGUAAUUUUCAUUCUCAAAUUUUAGUGUAUUUAGAUCUAAAGGAUUUUAUUUAGUUUGCAUCCUUGUUGUUGGAUCUACAUCUGUUAUCGAUCAUCUAUUGAACAAAUUUACUUACUUUAAUAAAUAACUUCAACCAAUGAAUAACAGAAUUUACUAAUUAGAAUCGUAAUGA